GACGGCACGAUCCACUGCCAACCAAUGGAGCCCGCCUCCCGAACGCCAGGGGUGCUCGGGCUCCAGGUCCUUCUCUGCUCAUCGUUGCUCCUCAACGCCCUCCUCGUCGCGCACCACUUCCUCUCAGCCUUGCCGGCGCCGUUGGAGCUGCUCGGCGCGGCUAGCAACGGCGGCGGCUCGCUCAGCUGGUCUCUUCAGGCGGCGAGGGACGCCGAGUCCGUGGCCGCGACGGGGUGCUCCGGCCACGGCCGCGUGUUCCUGGAUGGCAUCGUCGGCGAGGACGGGCGGCCAGGCUGCGAGUGCAACACCUGCUUCCAAGGGCCGGACUGCUCCGUCCGGACGGCCGACUGCACCGUCGACGCUGACAGCGGGGACCCGAUGUUCCUGGAGCCCUACUGGAUGCGUCAUGCGGAAGCCAGCGCGGUGGUUUUCUCCGGGUGGCACCGCAUGAGCUACAGAGCCACCGACGGCGCUUUUCAGUCGGUCGAGCUCGAGCGGAGCAUCAAGCAGCUGCACAGAGCCGUCGGCAACGCCGUUGCCGACAACAAGCACAUUGUCUUCGGCACCGGCUCCGUCCAGCUGCUCAGCGCGUUGGUGUACGCCCUGUCCCCGGACAGUAACUCCGGCUCGUCGGCCGGCGUGGUCGCCACCGCGCCGUACUACGCGGCUUACAAAUCAAGUACCGUGAUGUUCGAUAGCCGAGAGAACCACUGGGAAGGGAACACUGCCGCGUGGGCAAACGCGUCAGCUGGGAACGCCACCAGGAACGAGGACAUCAUCGAGUUCGUGACGUCUCCCAACAACCCCGACGCCCAGCUCCGCAAGCCUGUCGUCGGCGGCGCGUCGGCGAUCGUCGACCACGCCUACUACUGGCCGCACUUCACGCACAUCCCGGAGGCCGCCGACGAGGACGUCAUGAUCUUCACCGUCUCCAAGCUCUCCGGCCAUGCCAGUAGCAGAUUCGGAUGGGCCCUGAUAAGGGACGAGAAGGUGGCCCAGAGGGUUAACAACUACAUCCAGCAGAACACCAUGGGCGCGUCCCGCGACACCCAGCUCCGGAUGCUCGGCAUCAUCAAGGCCAUAGUGGCCAACCUGCACGGCGAGGACGACAUCUUCGCCUUCGGCCAGGACGUGAUGACGGCAAAAUGGCGCAAGCUCAACGCCGUCGUGUCGCGCUCCAGCCGGAUCUCGCUGCAGAAGAUCCCUCCACAGUACUGCACCUACCUCGGCAAGAUCAGAGAGGCAUCCCCAGCUUACGCGUGGGUGAAAUGCGAGAGGGAGGAAGACGACGACUGCUACGAUAUGCUGCUCAAGGCAAAGAUAAUCACACGGCCAGGCGUGUGGAGCGAGGCCAGCAGCCGGUACACGAGGGUAAGCCUCCUCAAGUCGCAGGACGACUUCGACUUACUCCUGGAAAGGAUCACGGAGCUUGUCGAUGCCGAGGACACCACUGCUGGCUCCGACUCCAUCUGAUGACUCAUGUCAAGAGAUGCAGAAAA